GCGCGCACCGGCUGACAAACAGUCACUGAGGGAGGAACCCAGAGAGGACACUUCUGUGUCCACUGUCCCUUCACUCACUGAAAGAGGACAUCGGGAGCAUCACUGCUGUGAGGUCACUGUGUGGUGAAAGACACGAGAGAGGGAGAGAGAGAGAGAGAGAGAGAGAGAGAGAGAGCGAGAGAGAGAGAGCGUGUGUGAGAGAGAAAGAGAGACCGCGCUCACUUCAGUUGUUGUCGACAGCCGCCUGACAGAUGCUGACAGAUGUGCCCGAAGACAGACUCAACAGCGAGGAGAAGGCGAGCACGUGUGACAGCAUGACUCUGGCCAGUACACCGACUGUCCGCAGAGGAAGCACUCCACUGCCAAUUAAACACCAGCUCAGACGUGAGGAAGCUGUCCAUGAUGACAACGACUGGAUGUCGGGUGCAUCUGGGCCCUCUGCCUCACCCAUCAGUUUCAGUCCAGCCCUGGAUGAUAUUCUGACAGUGACAGUGGAGACCAGAUCAGAUGGACCAUUAAGGAUUGCUCUGCUGGGACAGAAUGGUGUGGGGAAGUCGUCACUGGCCAUCGCCCUGGCGGGAGACAUGGACCAGACUGCUUCAGUGGAUUCCGAUGGGGAGGGCUACGUGCGCACAGUCACUGUGGAUGAGGAGGAGAGCACCAUCAUUAUCUAUGACAACUGGAGACAGGACCUCUCAACACUGCAAUGUGAAGUGUGCGUCCUGGUGUUUUCAGUCACAGACAGGCGCAGUUUCCAUCGCACUGCCCAGCUGCGACUACUCCUGAGGGAGACGCAGCCGCAAACUCCCAUCAUACUCGUUGGUAAUAAGAGUGACCUUGUACGAUCGCGCGAGGUCACCUCUCAAGAGGCCAUUUCCAGUGCUUCCCUCUACAACUGUCUGUAUCUGGAGAUCUCUGCCUCCCUGGAUCACCGAACGCCAGAGCUUUUGGAAUGCGCAGUGCGUUUAGCCAGGGGCCAGCCCCCGUGGCCCCCAGGGACCAAUGUGGAAAACUUUAACGGUGCAGGCCAACGUGAAAGCAUCACCUCUCGUGCCAAACGUUUCCUGUCUAGCCUGGUGCCUCGAUAUCAGCGAGAGCGAGAAGUGGGCAAGUUCCUGAGGCAGAAGUCUCGCUCGUGUCACGACUUGGGUGCACUAUAAUGAGGCUACGCAGGAAGAAGGAGGGAUAAAUUCACAACAUGGCUGGACGCGGUUGUACCAACAAAGAGAAGGUGAUUUGUUGCUACACUGGAAAAGAAGAGGAGUUGAUGUGAUUAAGAGAGGAGGAGGAAAAGCAAUGGUGUCAGAGUGAGGGCAGCACAGAGUAUUAAGAGCCUGUCAUCCAGCAGAGCAGACAACUGAUGAAAUAUUACCGUCAGCGGUGAUAUUUAUCUAUUAGGUGAAAGGAAAAAAAAAUGUAUACAUGACCUAUCAAGAAAUAAAAGAAGUUUAUGGGCCAGUGUAAAUAUGAUGUAGUGAUAUUCCACCAUCACCUUCAUCACUUUAAGAUCUCAAUAAAAUGCCUUUUUUCCGUGCUGAC